UGUGUGUAUGUGUGUGGAGAGGUACGCCGCUCUCUCUACUCUAUAAGCUUUACCAGGUCAGUCAACAUCCUGAAGCGGGCCACUCUCCACUCCACCCCUCCUCUCACCUCUUUUGUGGACCAACGCAUGGACUCCGGAAGCUUGAAAAGAAGGCAGUGAGGAAAGUGACUUUUCAGAAGAGAGAUAAAUGGUGGGAGGGAAGUCUGUUGUUGGUUUCCUGGACGGAGCUGCAUGCGCUGGCUGCGUGUUGGAGUUACAACAAGAGGCAAUCCCCUUUUCCUGUGUGUGUUUUCUGUCUACCCUCACGAGGAACAGCGGGAGCAGGGACUGGGCUAAAGAAAACCUCUGGAUGCAACAGCAAAGAGGGGGACCAGCCAAAAGAGGAGAAGAGAAACUCAUAAAGCAGAGACAGGAGCAGCAGGAGUUGGACUAAGAAGACAGGAGGAAGACAGAGUCUUGAGGGAUACUUUAACAAGAGACGAAAAAAGAUACAAGAGAUAUAUAGAGAACCAAAGGGGAAAUUCACCUGACCCACUUCUCUGCUCUGCCAGGUGGAGCAACCUCUUUCUUCCCCCUCUCCUCCCUCCCUCCCCUUCUCCUCUCUUUCCCCUGACAUGGGCCGCCUGCUGGCCCUGACCCUUGCCUACCUGGCCUACCUGCUGGCCACGGCGAUUGGCUCAGAGCGCCAACAGCACCAAGUGCAGCACGGCCCGUGCAGCUACACCUUCAUCCUCCCUGAGGUGGAGCACUGCCAUCCCUUAAAGGACUUCCAGGUCACCAACACCCUCCAGAGGGACUCUCCACCUGAGGCAGACCCUGAUACAAGUCAAUCCAAGCCGGAUAAGGCCCAAAAGGAGAGGCCCACCUUGCAGGAGAGGAAGCUGGAGAAUCUGGAGAGUGCCAUGGAGAAUAACACCCUGUGGCUGCAGAAGCUGGAGAACUUCAUCCAGGAGAAUGUGCGCUCUGGCAUGGAGGAAAUGAAGAGAACUGCAGUACACACCCAGACAGCUGCCAUGCUGGAAAUGGGAACCAACCUCCUCAGCCAAUCAGCUGAGCAGACCCGCAAACUGACAGACGUGGAGACCCAGGUCUUGAACCAGACAAGCCGCCUGGAGAUCCAGCUGCUCGAGUACUCACUCUUCACUAACCGGCUGGAGAAACAUAUUCUCCUGCAGACUCAGGAGAUCUCACGCCUCAGUGAUAAAAACAGUUUUCUGGAACAGAGGCUCUUAGCGCUGGAGGCUCGGUACGGGAGGGAGCUGCAGGGCUUGCAGGGCGAAAAGCAGCAGCUUCAAGAGCUCCUGGAAAGGCAGAGUCGACUGGUCAGUCAGCUCCAGGGUGAGCUAGGCAGCUCCACGCUCAACAGCACCUUACUACAGAGACAGCAGGCUGUGCUCACAGACACUGUUCAGCAGCUGCUAGCUAUGGUCAAUCACUGUAAUGAGAUCUCCAAUAUGCCCAAGGAGGAGCCGCCUGGUUUCAAGGACUGUGCAGAGAUCCUGCAAUCUGGAGUGACAGAGAGUGGAAUAUAUGACAUACGCCUCCCCAACUCCACCCAGACUGUCAAGGUGUUCUGUGAUAUGAAGACUAGAGGUGGCGGGUGGACGGUGCUGCAGCAUCGGAGAAACGGCUCCGUUGAUUUCCAUCGUGGGUGGAGGGACUACAAAAUGGGCUUUGGAGAGCCGUCUGGGGAACACUGGCUGGGGAAUGAUAUCAUCCACAAGCUGACCAGCUCCCAGGAAUACAGUCUGCAUGUCCAGCUGAAAGACAGAGAGGGAAACGAAGCCUUCUCACAUUACGAUCGCUUCUACAUAGAUGGAGAUGACAACAACUACAGCCUCCACACCGAGGGCUUCAGUGGCACAGCUGGACGGACCAGCAGCCUCACCCACACCGGCACCCAGUUCAGCACCAAGGACAGAGAUAACGACCGCUGCACCUGCAAGUGCGCCCAGCUUGCAUCUGGAGGUUGGUGGUUUGAGGCCUGCGGUCCAUCCAACCUGAAUGGCAUAUAUUAUCCCGGCUCAUCCAGCGUGGUUCGCUACAACGGCAUCAAGUGGUACUACUGGAAGGGUCCAAAUCUGAUGGCUACUAUGACAACCAUGAUGGUGCGCCCAGCAAAUUUCUGAUGGCAUGGCUGGGAAUUUAUCCGAAGUUAAUGUCACCCCUGAUUAAUAUAAUGAACCAUCUCAAGGAAAAGGUAUAUUUUUGGAGGAAAUGCGUAUCAGACAGUUUUCAGCUUCUGGGCAUCUUAAAAGGGUGCUUAAGCAAGUGCCUGGGGACAUGUGCAAACUCUCAGCAAAUGUUGUUUUAGUGAAAUCCUGAGUGAGAAAUUUCACUAACGCUAUCUAUUCCCAAAGGUGUCCAGGUUGUUCAUCUGAGAGAGGAAGGAGAUAGAGGGAAUGAGCUUUAAUACAGAUGACAAAACAACACUGAUCACAUCAAAUUAUGCAGUUACAUACAACUAGUUACUCAACCAAAUUAAAUUCCACUAAUAAAUGGAUAAACCUUUAGAGACACUUCAUCACAAUGCUUAUUUUUACAUUAAAGUAUGAAAACACUGUUGUGUGUUUGUCUGCUUCCUGUAAAUACAUCGUCCAAGCAAUGUGACCGAACUGCAUUGAUUAACAGAUACAGCCUUUUUGUAUAGUAGUCAAGUAAUAAAACUACUAA